AUGGGCAAGAAAGGCAACAAGGGCAGGAAGUCUCCAAGCAGCAGGGAGGAGUUCGGAGAUGAUGUCAUCGAUGACGCCAUGUCCACCACGAGCGUAGACACGUACGGGAGUGCGCUCGACUACCCCGAGACAUACAACGGCGGCGGCGGCGGGGCGUGGGACGCAGCUGGGGGAGAAGAGGGUGUCAACAGCAAGGCGGUGGACGACUUCAAGGACGGUGUUGAGCAGCUGACGGAAAAGAGGGCGUCCACGCGCGAGGCCGGCUUGAGGGCGGUCAUCAAGUUCAUGCUUCACUCUCCGGACCUCGAGCCCGUGCUGGCCAUGCGGGAGACGGUGCUCUCGGCCCUGAUCGGCGUCGCUCGUGGGAAGGGCACGGAGUCGCAGGGGGCUCACGCGCUGCGAGCGCUGUCGGUGCUGUGCGUGUGCAUCGGGCCGGAGGAGGAGGAGGCGUUUCGGUCCCUGCGGCGGCCGCUGCGGAGCCUCAUCACCCGCAGCCGCCAUGAAGGGGUGAGGGUCGGGGCGGUGCGCACCCUUGCGCUUGCAUGCUUCAUCUGCUCGAGCGACGACGACAACACCAGCGAGACCCUAGACCUCUUGGCCGACGUGUUCAGCAGGACGAGCGACGGCUUAGAGGUGACGGACAAGGUGUGCGCGGCGGCGCUGUCGGGGUGGGGCCUCCUGGCCACCACGGUGUCGCGGUCUUGGGUGGCGACGCGCAUGACGAAGCAGCACCUCCGAGUGUUCAGGGAGCUGCUCUCGAGCCCGGACAUGGACGUGCGCAUUGAGGCCGGAGAGAACCUCGCUCUCCUACACGAGAGCCGAAUCAUCCUGGGGCUGGUUGGCGGCGGGGAAGGGGGGUCCGCGGAUUGGUCCGGAGGAGGGGGGGGGGGCGCUGCGGAGGCGGCGCAGGGCGGGGGCGAGGAGGAGGAGGAGGAGGAUGAAGAGGAUCAGGAUGAUGAUGAUGGCGCCGCGGAGAUGGAGGCGAUGGAUUUGACGGUGCUGUGGGAGGAGGUGGUGGAGGAGAUGAAGGGGUUCAUCACCGACAGCAGCAAGAAGCUGAGCCGAGAGACCAAGAAGCAGCAGCGCCGGACGUUCCGGCAGCUGUUCGCGACGAUCGGGGAGAACGAGCCUCCGGAGGAGGUGGUGAGCCUGCAGAACGGCAGCCUCACGGUGGCCGACUGGGCCCACAUCAAGCAGCUCAACGCCCUCCGCAGCUGCCUGCAGAGCGGCUUCCAGACCCAGAUGCAGAGCAACGAGCUCCUGAGGGAAAUCCUGGGGGUUUCCAAGUGGGGGGGUACGGGGGGCGAGAAGCCCUUCUACUCGAAGAACAGCGAGGUCCGCAAGCAGCAGACGACGAGCCGUACGCGCUCCCGGCAUAGCAAGCAGGAGGCACAGGACCACAUUUUUUUGGGGGAGGGCGCCGAGGAGAGGUGACGAUGAUUGACGGAGCCCCCCCCCAUCCUCGCCCGUGCCCGGAACAAUAAGGAGAAAAGAGAUUGUCGCACCGGCCGGUGUAGAAGGUUAUGCGGUAGUCGAUCGACACGCAGCGUUCUUUUCCCGGCGGCGGUGGUUCAUGCGGCGCUCUUUGCACGAGGAGGAUUGUAGAUCGCCCGGCGCUUUCGCGGCAGGCGGCAUGCAGCGCUGUUGUGUGUCUUGCACGGGGUUGGUCGUAGUCAUCCGGUGCGUUGGCCACCGCCGGGACGGUACUGCCGCUCUUGUUGCGCUUUGGUUUUGUUGAGCGAUGGGGGGGAUUGGUUUUGUUUUCGCGCCGACGAAACGCAGCCCCGGGCGGUUGCGCGAAAAGCAGUUAGUGUGUAGAUCAACGUGAUGCCCGCUCACUCGUUUGGAUUGUUUGUGGUCGGUGGCGGCGAUGUUGACUGGUGAGAGAGUUCGAUCCCUAGCUUAGGUUAGUGCUGAAAGGGGUGUGGCCGGGAUGUAGUGGCGGCCGCCGCUGUAACCCCCGCACUGUGACGACGUCUCUGUGAGAUUUUGGGGGGGGGACGAUGUUUGAUUGGUCCGCCGAGUUUUUUUUUUUUUUGGUGUUUCGUGGCUUUCCUCAGGGAGGCGUUUUGGCGUCUGUUGCAUGCAUAUCUGGGCGUUUCGCGAAUUUCCCAUGAAAACACCAACCGUCCGUAGGUAGUAAACCGUUCGUAGGAGUUCUCCCUGUUACAGCCUAAACGUGCUAUAUGUAGGGCGCUGCAAUGCGGCAUGUGUAUUGGGUACGGACCGGCAGCGAUAGGGAUGCAGAAAGUGUUCUGGGCGUUAGUUUUUAUACCUUGCGGCACAUGCUCUGGGGGUGUAUCAGCAGGGGUCACAGGAGGAAGGAAGGCCACACACGAGUACAACAGCAGAGUGCCUUGUUUCGUGUCUCUUCCUACAUUGCUUGUGUGUGUGGCGUGGCGCACGUAGACAAAUGCCCUACCCAUGUGCGCCAAGUGUCAGGUAGUAGGUGUCUUGGUAUCAUGGCGUAGAGCAAAUGGUAGCUUUUUUUAUGUCAAAUGCGGUGUACAUCAAGAAUAUACCAACAGCGGUAGCAACCUGCGAACGUUCACCACGACUGCAUGUGUGUAUGUAUGCAUGGUUGCGAAUGACGACACGAACGCGCGGAGCAACCAGCUUGUGCAAU